AUGCGGCAAGUAAUAACGGGAGCCGAGGCCGCGAGUCCCACCGGAAGUCCCGCCAGGAGCGCCGCGAGAAGGAGUCGCCACCAACGGUCGUGGUCGGGAUUGCCGUUUGAAUCCUCUCCUUUCUCCUGGUCAGGACGGCGUUUCGAUUCCCCUCAACCCUCGCGCUCCGGCGUCUUGACAAGCCGGCUUUACGAGCUGACGCUCGAUGCGCCGCCCAAUCAGGAGCUCUUGUUUGUCCCCGCUAAAAGCAGUAAGAAGACUGCUCGUGCUCUGAAGGUGGAUGGAGAUUCGGAGACUUAUGAAGAGCCUUCCUCGCCAGGCUGGGCAGAGUUGAAGGCGCAGUGCGAGAGGAUGGAAGAGGAGGACCGUCGGAUCACAUCCAUAGAUCUCACGCACAUCCCUGAGAGCGACACCGAGGCUGACUCUCACGGCCUGCAUGGGAGCAGGAGGCGACGAGGGAAGGACGCGGACGGUGUUGUCAUGUACGGUCUAGGCUGGCAGCCCAGCAGGGACGUGGAAAGAUCCAACGGUCCAGAUCAUGAGGUCGAGAUUGAGGUUCUUCCUCAGCGCAGGGUGCUGCAGCCCACAUACUCACUAUCGGACCAGCAGCCGUCAAAUGCAUUCACAGGCCAGCAGCCCACAUGCACAACAACAGGCCUUGGUUAUGAUUGCGGGGAAGGAGAGCGAAUCGCAGGCACGCAGUCAAGCAGAGGCAGAACGAGUCCGGGCGUGCAGCAGGAAGCACGGGUGCUCAAUCCAAUAGGCUCUCGCUUGAACCCGCACUUCAAGCCCUGCCAGCCUGGUCCACCACAACAAGGUGCCAGUGACGACUCAGCUGCUUCUGCCUCGCUCUCUGAAUCAUCCCACCGCCUUCAAGGUCCCUCGCACGAAGAGCAACCGCCUUGCCAGCCCUGCCAGGUCCCACCUGGCCAGGGCUGGCCUGGGCAGGGUCCAUUUGGGGAGGGUGCAUUCGAGCAGUUGAGUUGCCGGUUCAAGGCACCACCUGGGAAUGUAUCUGAGAGGUGGCAGCAAGUGAUGGAGGAGAGGGUGCGAGAGGCCUUUGCCAUGGGAUACCUGGCAGGCCUGCGCGAUGCUGCUGCCCACUCUGUUGCUCCACCUGCUGCUGCUCCUGCUGCUGCUGCAGCUGCUGGUGCAUCACCUGGGCGGUUUGUACCGAAAAAGAUCUCUUCUGAUUCGCAUUACGUCACGUCCCACUCGAGAGAGGAAGCAGCUCCUCGAAUGUGCAAGAGCAGCAUGGUGAGUGGGAUCUCCCACUGUCAAGACCGGUCCCCCCUGCGAUGGACGCGAGAGGUACGGAUGCCUUUAGAGUCGAUUCACCAGAGCAGCACGGUGAGUGGGGGAGGCUCGCACAGCAAGGGCGGGUCUCCACUGGGAUGGAAGGGGGAGGGGGAGGUCCACAUGCCUCACCGGUCUCAUGCUUGCCCCAAGGGCCCUCUACAGGCGCGCAGAGUAGCAUCUGGUCCGCUACAGCCUCGCUCUGGCCCGCUACAGCCUCAACAUGGGCUGUUAGAGCCUCCGUUCGGUCCGCUACAGCCUUGGGCUGGUCUGUUACAGCCUUGGUCGGAUGUGCUACAGCCUCGGUCUGGCCCGCUACAACCUCGGACUGAUCUGCAACAGUCUCAGCAGCCUUCAAUAGGGCAACCAAACAGAGAGAAUUGCCGUUCGAGUACCAGCAGGGGUGACAGCGCUGGCUGUGCUUCCGUGCAUGCAGAAGGAACGAGAAGUGCGAGAAUCCCACUGAAUCAGCUGCAGCCACAGCAAGCACAGCCGCAGCAGCAGCAGGUAGGUGAGCAGCAGCAGCAGGAGCAAGCGCAGGUGGAAGGAGAGCAGCAGCAACAUCAGAAGCAGCAGGCAGUAGAGCAGCAGCAGCAGGAGCAGCAGGAGGAGGGGUGGAGGCAGCGGUGGAGGCGGGUGCAGCACAGGAGGAGUGGCAGCUUGGGCGCAUGGCAGGAGCUACCCUGCAGAGCAGGGGAGGAGGAAGGGUCAGUGCGAGCACUCGCGUUCCACAGUGCUGCUAGGUUUGAGUUUGAGCGCUCCUUGGAUGAGGAAAGUGAUGCUGACAGCUGCCGUUCCCCUGGUGGUGGAGGGACUGUGGGAGUGAGAGGCGUUCGCACGGGUGCCUCCUGCACUGGCUUGCGCUUGAGCCGCAGACUCUUCCCUGGCCGCCUGCUGCUCACCCCUGACUCGUCUUGA